GGGGGUGUCAGGUAAAGGUGGGGACAGAAUUGCUAAAUGAAGGUAUAUUGGUACAUAGUCCCUCGGGGCAGAGGAAACAAGAGUAUGCAGGCACACAGUGUCACACACAUUCUUAUAGCCUGAUCGUUCCGCACCUGUAAGCCUGUACGCUGCACAGGUACAAUGUAUUAGUGAACUGCACUCAGCUGUUGUCUCUAUAGGUGUGGUGUAAGAGGCUGCCGAGGAGGAGCUCAGGAUAACACACCUUUACAUAGCUGUUCUCUACGUCUAGCAGGGCUGGGAGACAGAACAGAACAUCUUUACUUGCUCUGCAUGACUGCAGCCGAUUUACCCACCAAACCCACAAGAGAAUCAAUGACUAGACUCAUAGCCGAAGACCCGAGGUUUGAAGGACACAAGAACCAAAAAAGUGGGUGAUAGGGUUAAAAGGGUAAGUGUUAUAGACCUGAAAGGUUAUUGACAGGAAGAGGAAAAGUUCAUAGAAACAGAUAACAGAUCGAUAGAGGACGGUGAAGCAGGUCAGACCUAAAGAGAGACCGGAGAAGAGUUUAUCAACGUCGGAGAACGUGGAUGGUGGAGGAAAAGUAGACUAAGACCCAUCGCACUACUUCUUCACCUUUCCAACCAUCUGCAGAGAUGUCUGCCGUUGUGGAGACACUAGGGUUCUUCUUCGGGGUCUCUGGCUCCUUCAUGUUGGGGAUCACCCUCUUCAACGCAAACUGGCGAGUGUCCACCGUGGACGGGAACGUCAUCACGACAUCCACCUUGUUCGAAAACCUGUGGAUGAGCUGCGCCACCGACUCCACCGGAGUGUACAACUGUCGAGACUUUCCGUCUUUGCUGGCUCUAUCUGGAUACCUGCAGGCCUCCAGGGCUCUGAUGAUCGCAGCGUUGGUCUUCGGUUUUUUUGCGUGCUUGUUGGGGAUGAUCGGGCUCCAGUGCACCAAGGUCGCAGAAGGUAACGUCGCACUGAAGGGCAAGCUUGCCACAGCGUCUGGAGGGAUCUCGGUAUUCGCAGGUAUCUGUGCCGGGAUCUCGGUCUCCUGGUAUGCCUUCAACAUCACCAAAGACUUCUUCAACCCCUUGUACCCCGGAACCAAAUAUGAGAUUGGGCCGGCUCUUUACCUCGGAUGGUCAGGUGCCCUUCUGGAUGUUGUUGGAGGAGGACUCAUGUGUUGUUCAUACAAGCAAGUGGCCAAAGCUAAUAAGACAUACAACUAUAACUACCGUCCAGCAAUUGCCCAGUCCUCAGCUAAGGCCGCCCCUCAAGCUGCCCUUCCUCGAUACGAAUCCAGUAACAGUAUCUCCAAAUACGGGAAGAACGCAUACGUAUAGGUCUAAAGACUAUGGACUCUGAAAGGCGCGUUUGAUAGUUUAAUGAAAGGACGGGACUUCUCUUCACCAUCCAUGGAAAAAUCGGACUCUCUUGAGCCACGGUCCACCUGCAUUUUUAGUCGUCGUACCAUUACGCAAUUGCUGCUUUUUUUCUUCAACAUUCCUGAAACGCGUUGAUUUAUUUGGGCCAGAAAGUGAGAUACGACCUGUCGCCGCAACGUUCUCCGAAGCCUACAACGAAAACCCCCCCGACUCAAGGAGACCAACGUCAUUCUUCAUUGCUAGAAAGGGAAAACCAGCUCACCGCCACCGAUAGGAUGAUAUCCGAGGAAAGUUAUGAUGAUCAGGAAACACGGAAAGACCAUUCAGGCCGCAUACUUGGCGGGAACGGGUUCGUAGAAAAAAAUUUGGAAAAAUUCAACUCCCAAAAUAAAAUUAUUAUUUUUUUAAAGUCCAAAAUGUAUUAUAACAUGAUUUAAAAUUAGUUUUGAAAAUUAGUUUUGAAAAAAAUUUGUUUUUACUGAUUUUUGUAAAUACUAUAAUUUUAAAUCAUGUUUUAUAACAUUUUUAUAACAUAAUUCAUUCUAAAAAUGUUAUAAAAAUAAUAGUAGGUACAAAAAAUUUCUGCCUAGUUUUCACU